GCCGCGCGGCCCUCGCCCUCCUCGAUGGAAAUUCAUGAAGUGGAUCAUGGUCUUAUUAACCAGCUACUUGCUGAUUCAGAGGAGACUCUUAAUUCAUGCACAGAGAAAAUGCAGAGUCCUGCUCAGUAUAGCUGGAGUGCUGACUGGAGCUUUUGGCUCUCAAGUUCCACUUACAAAUAUAGGAGUGAGGAAUUUAAGAGACAGUUUUCUCAUCUGCCAGACUCAGAGAGACUCAUAGUAGAUUAUGCCUGUGCACUCCAGAAGGAUAUCCUGCUGCAAGGACGCUUGUAUCUCUCUGAAAACUGGCUCUGUUUCCACAGCAACAUUUUCCGAUGGGAGACCACAAUUUCUAUUGCUUUGAAGGAUAUCACUUUCAUGACAAAGGAGAAGACUGCUCGUCUCAUUCCAAAUGCCAUACAAAUAGCAACAAAAGGAGAGAAGUUUUUCUUCACGUCAUUCAGUGCACGAGACAGAAGCUACCUCAGUAUCUUCCGUUUGUGGCAGAAUGUGUUGCUGGAUAAGAAGCUGACCAAGCAAGAAUUCUGGCAGCUGGUGCACCAGAGCUAUGGCUCUGAGCUGGGCCUGAACAGCGAGGAGAUGGAGAGCUUCCACUCGUCGUCUGAGGACAACGGGCAGUCUCGAUCCAGCAUAUGUGAUGAUUCUGGAGAAAGGGAUGAAAAACUACCCAAAAUGAUUGGUUUAGUUCGUGAGCCCAUGCUUCAAACAGAAGGAGAGUCACUCAACAGACACAUGUUGCCAGGAGUGGAGGAGUCCCCAAGUGAGAAGCAAAUAAAGAGUCCUUUUCCAUCUUCAGAAAGGAAACCUGCUAAGCUAGUUAGGAGCAGGUCUUUAGAAAAGUCCUUGGACCUUAAUGAGAAUGAAAAUCUUCCAGAGAAGAGCAGUGCUUCAGAUAGUGAAGAAGCAGUGAAGGAGACUGUCUCUGACAAUGAUCUUUAUGGGAGACUUUUUAUAAACAGAGUUUUCCACAUCACUGCAGACAAGAUGUUUGAAAUCCUUUUCACCAAUUCUCAUUUCAUGCAGAGGUUUCUUAAUUCCAGGAGUAUAGUAGAUGCUGUAUCAACCCCUUGGAAUAGAGACUCCAAUGGCAAUCAGUUGAGGACUUUGACAUACACUGUAACAAUUAACAAUCCACUCUGUGGGAAGUUCACAACUGCAACUGAAAAGCAGAUCCUGCAUAAGCAGAGCCAGAAAGGUCAGUCUUACCAGGUGGAUGCUGAGGUCCUGACCCACGACGUCCCCUACCAUGAUUAUUUCUACACUGUGAACAGAUACUGCAUCAGCCGCACAUCCAGUCACAAGUGCCGGUUACGGGUUUCUGCAGAAGUGAAGUACAAAAAACAGCCUUGGGGCCUUGUCAAGUCUGUAAUCGAGAAGAAUACCUGGGGAGGAAUACAAGAAAACUUCAAACAACUUGAAUCAGAUCUCCUAAUGGAGGAAUAUGCAAUUAAUCAAUCCAUAGAAGACUCUGGGAAAUUACUUGCUCUGAGACGAAGGCGACGCACUUUACACCGAGGUUUGGCGGAAUCACUUCCCAAACGUUCUUCCCAACAUUCUUCUGGUGACAUGGGAGUAGAGUCUCAGGGCAGCUUAAUAGAAGUUGCACUAUUCUGUGUGAAGUGCUGGGCAUUGACAUAUAUAUAUCUGCAGUCAUCCUUUAGUUUGCUGCUCUUGGUCUUGCUGAAUAUAACACUGUUCCUCAAACUAUCAAAGAUAGAACAUGCAGCUCAGUCCCUUUAUCAUGUCCAGCUUCAGGAGGAAAGCUCUUUGAACAUAUCCCCAGAAAUUGUAUCAAAAGAGGAGAUACCUCAAUAUGAUAAGGAACAGGUUAAACAUGUGAAGGGAGUUUUAAGAGACUCAAUUGAAAUGCUUGAGCAGCUCAAGAUUUCCCUUUCCAUGCUCCAAAGAAGCUUUGACCACUUGAACAGGACACAGAGCAGCAAAACUGAGAGUUAAUAGCCACAUCAGCUUUUCAUUCAAGACAUUGGAAGAGCAGAUGUGUGUGUGAGGACUUGUGGGGUAGGGAUUGUAACUGUCUCCUCUGGAUUCUUUACUGUUUAGCUCAAAAGCUGCACAGAAUAAAGGUUUGUGGAAGAAUAA